GUUAGUCCAUGUCAAUUCACUCUUCCUUCCAUCUCGAUUAACAUAGGCAAUAUUUCCGCGAUCGGAAGGAUUUACAACUCUAUUAAUUUCUGAUCAGUCUACCGAUCCAGUAGUAAUUCGUUGAACAGUCGAUUUGAUUGAUUGGUACAUCGAGUUGGCGGAUCGGCUGAUCGGUCGGUUUCAUUGGAAAAGUGAUUUUGGUGAAGAAUGGACCAGGGCAGGUGGGCAGUGGAGUCGUACUGGAGGUCCAAGUUGAUCGACGUCGCGACAUCCGAUGAGGAGAAGGUUACUCCAGUUUACAAAUUGGAGGAAAUAUGCGAUUUGCUGAGGGCUUCGCACAUCUCCAUUGUUAAAGAGGUCUCCCAAUUCAUCCUCAAACGGCUCGAUCAUAAAUCGCCGAUUGUUAAACAGAAGGCAUUAAGGGUAAUAAAAUAUGCUGUGGGGAAGUCAAGUGCGGAGUUCAAAAGGGAGAUGCAAAGGAAUUCUGUUUCAGUACGGCAGUUAAUCCAUUACAGGGGCCAGCCAGAUCCCCUGAAGGGUGAUGCGUUAAACAAGGCUGUGCGAGAAACAGCACAAGAAACAUUAUCUACUUUAUUUUCAUCAGAUGAUAGCACAGCUGCACCCACAGAAAGUAGCCUUCGCAGUCGGAUACAAGGAUUUGGAAACACCAACUAUGAAAUGCCAUCAGAUGAUAGGAAGUCUUUCAUCAGUGAGGUUGUUGACAUCGGAAGUGCUACAAUUAAACAUGGAUUUAGUAGUUUUAAACAGUCUCCUUCCAUAAGGAAAAGUAAUGACACUGGAAGUUACAGAAGCCCAAACCUUGAGCGAUCUUUGACUAGAGAAAAUGAUAGGUAUGAAGGGCUUGGGUCUCAGGCCGAAUAUAACAGCUCCUCUCGGUUUUCAGAAAAUGCUGGUACUGGAAGCUGGGAUAAAGAGAUUUCGACAAGCCAUUCAGAAAGUAGUAAUGGAGACCCUGCUGUGACUUACAGCCAAAAAACUCGUGAAGAGAAGUUGUUGGAGACCAUAGUGACAUCAACUGGUAUGCGCCUACAGCCUACUCGAGAUGCACUUCAUGUUUUCCUGGUGGAAGCCUCAAAAGUAGAUGCCAAAUCAUUAGCGCAUGCCAUUGAAAUGAAACUGAGGUCUCCUAUGUGGCAGGUCCGUAUGAAAGCCAUAUGUGUCCUUGAGGCAGUAUUGAGGAAGAAGAAUGAGUUGCAUUUUUCAGUUAUUGCUUCAUACUUUGGCAACAAUAAAGAUGCUGUGGUGCAAUGCUCUGAAUCUCCCCAAGCAUCUUUGAGGGAGAAAGCAACUAAGGUAUUGAGUCUUCUGAGUGGUGAACAAAAUGGCAGUGGAACCAACCAUUUCAAGCAACCGAGUAAGAUUCCCCAGCCUUCAAUUAUACCAGAUAUGAUAAACACUGGUGACCCAGGUGAUCUUCUUGGCAUGGAAGAUCCAGAAAAAGCAGCGAGUGAGCCAACAAUAACAAAUGCACCACCAUCUGUUGCUCCGCUGAUCAAUGACUUACUUGGCGACAAUUCCUACAGUUCUGAGAGCACGGACAAGCUGAACGUUGAUGAUGACCCAUUUGCAGAUGUUUCCUUCCACAUAAGUCAAGAUGAGGACCGUGUUGCUAAUUUAUUUUCUGGGAUGGCUCUUGAUAUGUCAGGGGCCUCUGAGGCCACUGUCGCAGCUCAUAAAAAUGAAUCUGAACCAUUCAACCUUUUGAAUUCUAGUUCUGAGGUCUUCAUGGAGCUAGGAACUUCUAGUGAAUAUGCUGCCAACUUCGAUGGUUUAGUAUCGAGUACACCUAAUAAAAGUCCUAAUGUUGCUUUAAAUAGUGAAUUUCCUCUGCGAGCUGGUGAUAUGAAUGUAAAUCCCAUAUUCCCCCUGGGUGCUCAGGCAUAUAAUAUCCCUUCUGGUUUUGGGGUCAAUCCUGUAUUUGCUUCUCUGGCAAUGAAUUAUAGUGCCAUGGGGAGUCACUUUGCUCAACAACAGUUUUUAGCUGCAAUGUCCAACUUCCACCAACUAGGGAAUCUACAAUCCAGUACUACUAUCAAUUCUCCUGGACCUGUAGGAGUGGAAGCAGCACCCUUUCCAGAUAUUUUUAAUCCUGGCAUGGCUACCCAACCUCCAACUUCAUUGAUGAAUGGAUCAAAAAGAGAGGAUGCAAAAGCAUUUGAUUUUAUCUCGGAUCAUAUGGCCUCGGUUCGUGAAACCAAACGCACGACUUGAUUCAUUUGAUGUGUAAGGAUUUCUUGUUUUGGGUGAAGAAGCCGACUCGGAAGAUGCUGCCUAAAUCUUGAAUUGAAAAAAAAGUAUAUGAACGUUGAGGAAGUGUUGUAGCGGCAUGACUAUAAUUCCUAGAAACCGAGACUUCAUAAAAAAAAAGCAGGCAAAAACUAGGGGAUUUCAAGCGGAAGGCAGACCAAUGUUGUGUGAAUGAAAGUUUCUGACAUCUGCAUGUUUUGAUCCUAAGAAAGGUUUGGAAAUCGUGCAGUCAUUUAAAGGCUGUUGAUUGUUGUUGUCUAAUUUUAUUUUGAUUUUAUUACUUUUAUGUGUAAUACCCCAAUUGAGCUGAUUGUCUGAUAGACUUUUGUUGUAAUAGUUCUAUUUAUUUAAUUUUGGAGAAUAUAAUAAACUCAAAUAGAUUCCAAUGUUAAACAUAA